CUUACUUCUUAUUAUUCCUUCUGAAACUUAAUACACAAGAUGGCCGACCAGACAGAGAAGAUCACUAUGAGCUCAGUACAUGCCCGCGCUCACGUACAAGGAAAAGAUGUCGAGGUCCAACAUGAUAUCGACGAUCCUUUGGGUCUUUCUGCACACAUCAAGCUAGAUUCCGACAUGCCCAGAGCCAACACCUCACGCAAGCGUCGUCUAGGUCUCAAGAAGAAUCACCCGCUGCAGGAGUUUUACGAAACACAGAACCAGAGCAUCCGGGCCAUGCUCAAGUCGGUGGAAGAGCACGAGCAAGAGGUGACAGACGCUCACGGCGCCAAUACACUCAUGUACAACAUCUGCGUCAAGGGUUCUUUGGUCGCCAACAUCAUUCUCUCCGGUCUCCAGCUGUAUGGCGCUAUCUCAUCCAGCUCCCUCUCGCUUUUCACCACUAUGGCCGACUCCGUCUUCGAUCCCAUGUCUGGUAUAAUGCUGUACAUGGCCCACCGAGCCGUCAACAAAGUCGACCCGAAUAAAUACCCUUCAGGCAGAGCCCGUAUCUCGACUGCUGGCAACAUCGUCUUCUCCUUCAUCAUGUUUUCCGUCUCACUGGUCCUUAUCGUCAUGUCUGCCCGUGACCUGGCCGCCGGAUCUGAGGAGGAGACCAACAAGUUUCAUUUGCCGUCGGUCAUUGCCGUGACUGUUGCCUUUGCUACCAAGCUGGGACUUUUCUUCUUGUGCUGGACUGUGAAGGACAUUUACAGUCAGGUUGACAUCCUUUGGCGCGACCACCGAAACGAUCUCUUUAUCAACGGCUUCGGCAUUCUCACAUCUGUCGGUGGCUCCAAAUUGAAGUGGUGGAUUGACCCGAUGGGCGCCAUCAUCUUAUCCGUUCUCAUCGCUGGCCUCUGGCUCCAUACCGCCUACGACGAGUUUCAGCUGAUGAUCGGUGUAACCGCGGACAAAGACAUCCUACAGCUCAUCACAUAUAUCUCUAUGACACACUCGCCUCUCAUCGAAAAGGUCGAUACAGUGAGGGCUUACUACUCGGGCCCCCGGCUUGUUGCAGAGGUCGACAUAGUGAUUGAUCGCAACGAGCGAGUUGAGGUAGCACAUGACGUUGCGGAAGACCUUCAGAUUAAGCUAGAGAAGCUGCCCGUCAUUGAGCGUGCCUUUGUGCACAUUGACUAUGAAACUAGUCAUAAGCCAGAACAUAAUCUAAAAAAGCUGAUGUAA